AUGAAGCUCGCGCGCAGUGUGGUCGGUCUCCCCGUGGCGGGACUAGUCCUCGCCGUGGUCCUGUUCGCUUCGGGUCCUCAACACGCCAUCGCUGGCGAAAGCGACAUGGCCAAGGUCAUGAACAUUGCGAAGAAUGAGAUGGCGUCAACCUUCUUCGCCGUCCCAGUUGAACUCGCCUGGAAAGAUAUCUGGGAGGAGAUUUUCCACAAGUCCGGCGGCCGAAUGUGGGACCGCCUCUUUUUCUGGGCCAGUGGUAUUUUGAAGUACGGUGACGCACGCCGGGUGACGACGGCGAUCAUGUGGGAGCUGCAGCACUUUUUGUAUGGCGACGAGCCCCUGAACACGGAAGCCUGGAAGAAGCUGAGCCACAACUACGAGAAGGCGCUGCGUGAGUGGUGGAUGGCGUACCCCGAGAACCCGUGGAACGGCCUCUCUGCGGGCGUGUGGAAGGCACUCGUCAAGGUCUACACUGAGGACUUGGAGCCCGCGCUGCGCGGCAGCCCCCAGCUGAAGCUUCUGGAGGACGUCAUUUUCGACCCGAGCCUCAAGGUCAUCCGCACGUGGACCGAUGAAACACACGUGGAUAUCAUGACGGGCAAGAUGUCGGAUAUACCCAAGCAUCUGGCGUCUCUUGCCAGGGAAACUAGAGCCCUGCGGGGUGCGGCUGCGGCGAGCAACUAA